AUGAGGUCCUUCAAACUCACCACCAUGGUCACCUUUGCCGAGACGACAGUAGUCCGCCCCAUGGAGCUGCGUGAGCCGCCCUGCCUUACCGCCACCCUGUCCCCUGGGCUGCGGAGGAAAACGAAGCUGUGGCAGAAUGCUGUGAAACACAUCAUUACCCAGCAGGAGCUCAGCGCCCAGGUGGGUUUGGAGCCAGCAAGUAAAAUCUCUGUGACGGAUACCUACAUGAAUGAGAUCAACAGACAAAUCCGCAACAAGGCCUCACGAGGGGUCACCAAACGUCGGGCCUCCUCGAUCAGAGUGCACCCUUUGCAAUCCCGCGGCUCAACCUGCUCCUACAACGGUGCCAGGAGUACAUGUAACGAAUACGCCAGCGAUGCCGAUUUCUUUAAAAACUGGGGCCACUCAAUUCGUGGAGUCUACAUUCCCAGCCUGAGGCACACAUUUAGGUCUCGGGAUCUGGAGAAACUCUACCAGCAACACUACUCCCACCAAAGACGCAACUCUCUGGCCAUCACCAAUGUAAUUGAUGCAAUGGCCAAGCUACACAUAUUGCUUCUGUACUUGGCCCUGGCCCCUGAUGGGGUCCCAGACACUCUGCGUGGCGUCCUCACAGGCGUUUUCAUGUUGUUAGCUAUAGCGCUGUGCGUCGUUGUGUUAACCUGCAAAGACUACAUGACCCCUGGGUGGCUUAACUACGCAGGCCUGGCUAGCUGGAUGUCUCAGACCACACAGGUGCUGGGAGGACUGGUGUAUGGACUGGAGAGAGACCCUUCGUGGUAUGUUUUGUUCACUUUGUUCGCCACCUACACGCUGCUGCCCUUACCUCUGCUGUGGGCCAUGUGCGCCGGCUCCCUCACCUCAGUACUUCACCUUCUGGUGGAGAUUGUGCGCCACUACAAUGAUGCCGAGCUCUUGAGAAAGGUGUUUGCCAAAGGCCUGCUGUACCUAGGUAUGAACACAGCCGGCUUGUUCAUCCACUACCUGACAGACCAUGCCCAGAGACAGGUGUUCCUGGAGACGCGGCGCUGCAUUGAGGGUCGCCUCAAACUAGAGCAGGAGAACCAGAGACAGGAGCGUCUGGUGCUGUCGAUCCUGCCUCGCUUUGUUGCCUUGGAGAUGAUCGCUGACAUAAGCUCUAUGGUAGACGAGCUUAAUCCUCAUGAGUUUCACAAGAUUUACAUCCACCAGUACAAGGACGUCAGCAUCCUUUUUGCAGACAUAAAGGGCUUCACUCUAAUGUCCAUGAAACUAUCAGCCCAGGAUCUGGUCCGAACCCUCAACGAGCUCUUCGGGCGCUUUGACCGACUGGCAGAUGAGCACCACUGCUUGCGGAUAAAGCUCCUGGGAGACUGUUACUACUGUGUGUCAGGUGUCCCUGAGCCGCAGCGUGCCCAUGCCCGCCACUGUGUUGAGCUGGGCCUGGACAUGAUCAACGCUAUAGGGUACGUGCGGAAUCAUCUGAAGUUUGACAUGGACAUGAGGAUUGGGAUCCACUCGGGCUCUGUGCUGUGUGGGGUGCUAGGCCUGCAGAAAUGGCAGUUUGACGUCUGGUCCUGGGACGUGGGCAUUGCCAACAUGCUGGAGGCCGGGGGCAUACCUGGACGCAUCCACAUCUCAAGGGCGACUCUGGACUGUCUGGGAGGCCUCUACAAGACCGAAGCUGGCCACGGCCGCGACAGGAACGAGUUUCUGCUCAAACACAACAUCGAAACUUUCUUCAUCUGUCCUCAGAAAAAGAGCAAAGUUGACUACACUGAGCCCCCCAAAAUCCUGAAGACUAAUCGAACCUGGACCCCAGAGUUUGCAUUUGGGAAUGCCAUUGACAUGAACGGUAUCCUCGCCGCCUUCACCAACGGAUCACUGCCCAACAUAUGGCUGUCCACCUCCAAAGAGAUCAACAAACGCAUCCAACACGCUAUUGAGGUUCGAAGCAGUGAUCGAAUGCACAGGGAGCACAUCACCCCCCUGACCCUGGUGUUCAAAGACACUCACAUUGAGGAAAAGUUCUGCCAGAUGAGAGAUGAAAUGUUCAACUCCAACCUGGUGUGCUCCUUCAUCAUGUUCCUCUUUCUCAUGGUUGUUCAGACCCUCAUUUCUGCACCCAGUCUGUUCCCAGUCAUCAUCCUGUUUUCGGUCUUCCUGCUCCUCUACAUGCUGCUGCUGAUGUUGGCCCUGGCUGAAGAGUUCAUGUGUACGCCUGCAACUCUACUGCAAAUCUGCGGCUGGAUCCAUGAAAACAACAGCGCCCGCAACCUCCUCACCCUCACCGCCAUACUCCUCAACUUUGGCUUGGUGUCUACUAACAUGGUAUGGUGCAUUCUCACAGACACAGAGGAGGCUGAUGUUAUGGACAAAACAAGCUCAGCUUCACACCCGCUCACUGUCUGCACUUGCCCUGAGGUCUUUGUAUUGAGUGGUGUAAUCGCCAUGGUGACCUGUGCUGUGUUCCUGCGUUUGAACUCUCUGCUGAAGCUGGCUGUGUUGCUGCUGGCCGUGGCCGUCUACUCCUACCUCAUCCACCUGGCCUUCCUCACACUCACACGCCAUGAUAUGACUCAACGGUCUCACUUCGUCAGGAGAAAGGGAAUUUCGAUCUCCCUCAUGGUCAUGUUUAUUAUUGCUGUCUUCUACAAUGGACGGCAGUGGGAGGCCACUGCCAGACUGGACUUCCUGUGGCGUCUGCAGGCCCAAAAGGAAGUGGAGGACAUGAGGGAACUUCGGGAACACAACGAGUGUCUAUUACACAACAUCCUGCCUGUCCAUGUGGCCCGACACUUUCUGGACCGAAGCAAGAAUGAUGAGGAGCUUUACUCUCAAUCCUACGAUGAAGUGGGUGUCAUGUUUGCCUCCAUCGCUGGGUUCAAUGAGUACUUUGAGCAGAAGGAGAUCAAGCAUGAGGGAGUGGACUGCCUCCGACUCCUGAAUGAGAUCAUUGCUAGCUUUGAUGAGCUGUUGGAGGAUUCCUACUUCCACUAUGUGGAGAAGAUUAAGACGAUUGGGAGUUGCUACAUGGCGGCCUCAGGCUUGGCUCCAGACAGAGAGGAAUCUAUGGAUGAAUGGAAUCACCUGAGUGAGCUGGUUUUGUUUGCGUUGGCAAUGCAAGAGACCUUGAUGGACAUUAACAAGCAAACUUUCAAAAACUUUAAGCUGCGUGUGGGCAUUGCCCACGGGCCGGUGGUGGCAGGAGUGAUCGGUGCCACUAAGCCACAGUAUGACAUCUGGGGGUCCACAGUGAACCUGGCCAGCCGCAUGGACAGCACGGGGGUGAGCGGGCGCAUCCAGGUUCCUGAGGCCACGUGCAGGAUCCUGGCAGAAUGGGGUUUCAUCUUGGAGCUACGUGGAGAAAUCUUCAUCAAGGGGGUGAGCGAGCGUCAGGGGAAAGUCCGCACCUACUUCAUCAGCACUUCGCGCAGCAAGAGGGCCUAUAUGGGCACAGAUCGCCAGGGGGCGCGGACAGGGGGCCGCAUGACGCUGGCAGCAGUGGUGUUUAGUCUUGUCCAGGCCAGACACAAGGAGAAGAUAAGAGAGACCAAUGGGGGGUUCAGUCGCUCUGGCUGCUGAAUUAAACAAUGAAAGGACUUAUAGAUUCACAUGACUGAAUGUGGGGAAGGACACGGCCUGGCCAUAUUGUUUCUUUAAUGGUUUACAGCUUUGUUGUGUGUGUCUCAUACUUUGCCAUAACAAAAUUAGCUGCACAAACAGGAUCUGAAUCCUACCAGAGCCUUUCUUCCUGCAGACUGUGUCCUCCUCUGCAAUAUUUUGGGCUCUAUUGUUCAUACAUGGGCAGAUUUCAGUUCAGAAGUCCAGCUUCAAUCUUUAACUGAAGAAUAGAUCCAUGUGUCCAUGAACUUUGCUUAGAGAGGACCUAACGUCAUACUGGGUUCUUUUACAGUCUUAAUGAGCAUCUUGAGGGUUCUGCUUUCUCUUUUGCAAUGCCAUAUCUAAGCUUUACAAGGAGUAUUAAGCAUAUCACUUUCAUUUUGUGCAAAACUAACAAAGACCAACAUG